ACGGGGCGGGCCGGCUCUGCCCAAUCAGCAGCGGCGGAGUCCGAGGAAGCGCCGCGCGGGCGGCCGCCGCGGGGACUCGGGGUCUGCGGGGACCCGGGGAGGAGGUAUUGCCGAGCUCCGGAGCACUGCGUGCCAGCACAGGUCACAGGUGGCUCACCUGGAUGGCAGGUCAGCCCGACUGGAGCCUGGCUGCCUUUGGAAAUCCUCCUGUCCACACUUCAGUCGGCCCCGAUGGUGAGAACACAGUGAAGGAGACGCAGCUGCGGAGGUCAGGCUCAGCGGUGGAGCCAGGGGCGGAGGUCCGCAGGACAUCGGCUGGUGUCGCCAGGUUCCAGAGGCCUCCUAAUGGGUGGGCAGGUAAGUGCUUCUGGAAACUUCAACAAUCUGCCCUGCCCCAUGGAUAAUGCAGACUGGAUGUCGGCGCUGUGUCCUGGGCUCUGGGAUGUGCCUCUCCACCACCUCUCCAUCCCAGGGAGCCACGACACCAUGACAUACUGCUUGAACACAAAGUCCCCCAUUUCCCACGAGCAGUCCUGGCUGCUUCAGCUUCUGGGCAAGGUCCUGCCGUGUGUCACCCGCCCCGUGGUGUUGAAGUGGUCCAUCACCCAGGCACUGAACAUCACUGAGCAGCUGGACGCUGGGGUGCGGUACCUGGACCUGCGGAUUGCUCAUAUGCUGCAGGGAUCCGAGAAGAACCUGCACUUUGUCCAUAUGGUGUACACGACUGCACUGGUGGAGGACACGCUUACCGAGAUCUCUGAGUGGCUGGAAAGCCACCCCCGAGAGGUGGUCAUCCUGGCCUGCAGAAACUUUGAGGGGAUGACGGACGACCUGCACGAGUACCUGGUGGGCUGUAUCAAGAACAUCUUUGGAGAUAUGCUGUGUCCCCGAGGGGAUAUACCUACACUGCGUCAACUAUGGGCAAAGGGUCAGCAGGUGGUCCUGUCCUAUGAAGAUGAGGGUGCUGUAAGCCGACACCAGGAGCUGUGGCCAGGGAUCCCCUAUUGGUGGGGCAACAAGGUGAAGGCCCAAGAACUGGUCUGCUACCUGGAGCAUAUGAAGAGUUGUGGACGCCCAGAUGGACUGUUUGUGGCGGGGAUCAACCUGACGGAGAACCUGGAGUACGUCCUUGUGCACCCAUCCAUGUCCCUCAAGAAGAUGACACUUCCCAGCCUGCCAUACCUGUGUGCAUGGGUCCGAGAACAGCAUCCUGGGCCCGGUGGGCGCUGCACCAACAUUAUCGCUGGUGACUUCAUUGGCGCUGACACUUUUGUCGGUGAUGUCAUCAGGCUCAAUGAUAAGCUGCUGGGGUGCUAACCAUUCCUACCUGUCUGAACAUGCACUUGACCAGAAUUCAGGGGAUAGAGGGGCCCCAGGAUGGGGCGAUGGUCUCUGCUGCUUUGGCCCAGCAUGCCCAUGGCAGGAGCUGGGCUCCCCACUCCUUAGGGCCUCUCUGGCCUUUGGUACUGAUUAUCAUGCUGCCAAUUAAAGGCAGAAUCAGGUCAACGAGGCUGGGUGGUCCUAGAGCAGAGCUGGGGCAUGUCUCCUGGGUUGAAUGAAGUCUUAGGGCUGUGAGGUUAUGUGCAUAGUGGAGAAAGGCAUAUCGGUUGGAAAGGGCAGUGAUGUCAGGGCCCCCUGAGAAAGCCACUCUUAGGAGCACAAGGGAUCCCCGAGCUCUAAUCCUGAGGAAGCUGUGCCCUUUCCCAGCUCUUGUUUGAUUCUGCUUUUUCAGCAGUUGAUGGGGAGAGAUAUGGGGGAAUCUGCCCCAAAUGAGGAGUGUAGUGCUUGCUCCUCAGAAAUGGAUAGAAGCCUCCCAGGAUGCAUCAUCAGUAGGUGUGAGGAAGUCAGUGACAGGGGUGUUUUGAGGAAUGGCCCAUGCAAGCCUGCGGCCAGUCUCCAGUUGCUCCUGCAGCACCCAGAGACUCACCUCUGCCCCUUUAGAGAGGAUCCAGACCUGCCUCCUCCCUCCACCCACACUCGGGCCAGCAAGAGGCUCCCCAUUCUACAGUGCUCCAGAAAUGAAGCACUGUCCCCUCCCACUGUGACUCUCCCCUCACACCUUGUGACUCUCCUCAGACCUGUCCCCUCACACCUUGUGACUUUCCUCUCACACCUGACUGUCCCCUCAUACCUGUGUCUCUCCUCACAACUGUGACUGUCCCUCAUACCUUGGUUUCCCCCUUACACCUAUAACUGUGCCCUCACACUUGAGUCUCCCCUCACACCUGUGACUGUCCACUCACAGCUGAAUCCCCCCCCCACACUCAUAACUGUCCUGUGACUCUUCCCCUAACACAUGUGUAACCUUCCCCCCACUCCGCCACUCCAGCUCAUCACCUCUACACCCACCACAUACCUGUGAUCCUUCCCUUUCCCCCAACGUGACAGUGGAUAUUUAUCAGCUUUCUUGGCUCUGUUACCCAUUUGGCAUCCAUUCCUCACGGCACCCAUGAUAUAAACACAGCACCCAUUUGCGGCCUGAAACCUCAGGAGCCUGCCCUCAGCUGGCUGAUCCCUGGAGAUGAGCAGUUUCUUGGUGCACUAGGCACCUCCCACUGCACUGGGCACUGAGUGCUCCCCGGCCACAAUUUCUCAGGGCUGGUGCACUCCUGUGGCCCAGGACUGCCAGAAUCAGAUGAUUCUCACCUGUGCUGCCUUGCCCGCCUUUCCCUGAGAAUGCACAGCCUACUGCGUCCCAAACACAUUCAGCUCUCCUAUGACCCUAUGUGGUGUGCCUCUCUUGUGAGAGAUGGGAGGGAACUUUCUCCCAAGGGCUACAUCUCCAUGUAACCCGCCCACUCUAAGAGACUCCAUUUCACUCCAUCCCUUGCGCUGCUUUCAGCACCAGCUCCCACAUCAGAAACUCAGAGCCACCUCCUCUUGUAUAUAGAGCUUCAACAAACCGGUGGUGAGUUCUUGGCCAAAGGGCAAACUUAACCUAGGCUCACUCCCUUCCAUCUCCAGAGGUUCCCAAGAAUUAUGUGUAUGUCCUGUCCUGGAACGGUCAACUUUCUUAGGGCAGUGUUGAAAAUGACUGUCCACAUUGCAGCAUGUUCUCUUGGGAUCAAACCUAUCAUUUUCACAAAGGAUCUGUUCAUCUUUUGGCACCAGAUGCCAUGAUCUUUCAAAGACCUCCAGAAUCCAGAAAGACAAACUCAUUGGCCUGGCUUCCUCAGCCCGUUUCCUGGGUCAGGACCCCAAAGCAUUUAGUCUACAUGGCUGUGAGGAAGGACCAUGCAUGGCAACAGAUUCAUGGCCUGGAAGCCAUGUUUCCCUCUAAACCCACAAAACUGUGGUCACCUCAGGUCUGUGGUUGGAUGGACUCCGCAUGAACCAGUUCAUUCUACAGAAGUUAGGAGGCAUCAGGCAGACGGUUCUAGCUAUUUGCUACCCACGGCAUUGUCGGCAGCAUUCAUGAAAAUACACAGGAAGGGCUUUCCAAAAUGCUGACAGAGCAGUUUCUUCAGAUUAUGCAGCUCUAUAAAAAUGUGCUUUUAGUUUGCUAUGUAAAGUCAGAACUGGAUCAAAAAUUUGAGUUUCCCAUUUUAAGCUCGCCCAUGAGGCCUGAUGUGUAGAUUCUGCAUUUCAUUUUUACAGAUGAAUGUCUGAGAUCUGUGUGGGGAGGGACACACCCUUCAUAAGGUUUUACUCUGUAGAUGACUCACAGCCAUACACACACCUGCACCUGUGGGGAAGGGCCCAUCCUGCGUGUUUCUGGUCAAUAAAGGUCACAGCAU